AUGGUCUAUGGCGUUUGGGGACCGGAAUUGGCCCGUGUAUCAGUCGUAGACAUGGACAACAAAUUGGUACUCGAUCUCAUUGUAAAACCUCAUAACACGGUUAUCGACUACAACACGCGGUUCUCUGGACUGACCGCUAAUCAAGUGGAGACUUCCGAAGUGGACCUGUUUGAAGCCCAAAAUCGCCUUUUCGAAUUAGUAAAUGAACGAAGUAUUCUCAUUGGUCAUAGUCUUGAGUCGGAUCUGAAAGCAAUGCGAUUGAGACAUGAACGAGUAGUCGACACUGCUGUAGUUUUCGAACACAGGUAUGUCAUUGCUAUGAGUAUCUUGGCCUGA